ACUCCUCUCCUCCCCUCUCUCUCUCUUGGUUUGUUUUUGGGUUUCUCUCUCCUCCUUGCUCCUUCUUCGCUUCUCCACGGAGCCGAAGCACAAGCCAAAUCCCAUCGCGAGACAACGAACAGACCAGAGAUUUUUUCUGCCCUUCUGAUAUUAUUCUGGUGCUGUUUUCUCCUGACCAAGCUCGCGUCGGGCGGGGGCACCGGCUGCGUGGGCGGCGCUGCUCUCUCGGCCAGUGCGGCCGUCGCCGGCGGCCGACCGCGCCGCGGAUUGAGCUCCGGAUCGCCGGAUUCAAGCUCCGGUGCUCGGGGAAACGGGCUCGUGCUGGCCUACUGGGGGCGGUGAGCGUGAUGGAGCUUGUCUGGUGGUGGGAGGAGUCCGCGGGUGUUUAGCGAGAUGGGUGCUGCUUAAUUCCGCUUGGUCGCGUGCGAAUUUGCCGUCUCGGGGGAUGCUCUCCCGUUCCUGUUCGAUUCUGGCGGAUCUCGCGGUCGUGCCGCUGUGAAACGAUGGCGAGUUGAGUAAAGGCGCGAUCUUGGAGUGGUUGGUGUGCGCGGAGGAGGUUUGUCCUCCCAUUGUCUGCGAGGAGGAUGGUGCCGUCGGGGCCGCCGAACCCGAUGGGGCCGGGGCAGCAGGUUGGCACGGCGGCUUCGCUGCUCCGGACGAGCUCCAGCUUGCUCAGUGGUGGCCAGCCGGGAAUGGGCGGUGGUGGAGGCGGUGGCACCAUGCUUUCUUCGCAGUCACCAUUCUCGUCUCUCGUCUCGCCGCGCACGCAGUUUGGCGGUAAUGGCCUGCUCGGAGGCGCCUCUAGUGUGUCCUCCUUGCUCAGUCGGCCAUCGUUUGGGAAUGGGGGCCCUAUGCCAGGUCCAGGGUCAAUGCCAGGUGGUGGGAUGCCGAUGAGUACACUCCAGCAGAGAGGGGGGCUUGAUGGUGCCAGCGAUUUUGUUGGCGUGGGAGGGUUGGAUCAUCUCUCGUUCCCGUCCUCCUCACAUGUUAGUUUGGGCAACCGGAUGGGUUCAGAUAACCUGCAGGUGACUUCGCAGCAGCAGCUGGAUGUGCAGGAUUUGCAGCAGCAGCAGCAGCAGCAACUACAAAUGUCUUACAACCAGCAGCAGUUGCCACCGCAACUGCCACAGCAGCUCCAGCAGCCGCAAGCUACAGUGAAGUUGGAGAAUGGAGGCAGCAUGGUUGGCGUCAAAUCGGAACAGCAGAUGGGGCAACCUGACCAGAAUGGUCCAGCACAGAUGAUGCGUACUGCUGGCAGUGUGAAACUUGAGCCUCAGCAGUUGCAAGCCCAGAUGAUGAGGAGUUUGGGUGCAGUAAAGAUGGAGCAACCGAGUUCAGACUCAUCAGCACUCCUGCAGCAGCAGCAGCAGCAACAACAACAACAACAUUUGAUGCAGCUGACAAAGCAGAUUAGAAAUUGUCCAGACCUUGUAUCAAUGGGUGGACCAAGCGCAAUUGCAAAUCCUCAAGCUGCUGCGGCUGCUCAACUGAGCCUCUUGCAACAGCAACGGCUCCUGCAUAUGCAGCAGCAGCAGCAACAACAGAUUCUAAAGAACUUGCCUUUGCAGAGAAAUCAAUUCCAGCAGCAGCAACAACAGCAACAGCAUCAGCAGCAGCAACAACAGCAACAGCAUCAGCAGCAGUUACUUCGGCAACAGAGUCUAAACAUGAGAACUCCAGGAAAGUCAGCUCCUUAUGAGCCAGGAACCUGUGCAAAGAGAUUGACCCAUUACAUGUAUCAUCAACAAAACAGACCACAAGAUAACAAUAUCGAGUACUGGAGAAACUUUGUCAAUGAGUAUUUUGCUCCGAAUGCGAAAAAGAGGUGGUGUGUAUCUCUGUAUGGAAGUGGUCGUCAAACUACUGGAGUUUUCCCUCAGGAUGUAUGGCACUGUGAGAUUUGCAAUAGGAAACCUGGCCGUGGCUUUGAGACAACAGUUGAGGUACUACCGCGAUUAUGCCAAAUCAAAUACGCCAGUGGUACACUGGAAGAGCUUUUGUACAUCGACAUGCCACGUGAGUCCCAGAAUGCAUCUGGUCAGAUUAUUUUGGACUACACGAAAGCAAUCCAGGAAAGUGUCUUUGAGCAAUUGCGUGUGGUACGUGAGGGGCAUCUAAGGAUAGUUUUUAAUCCAGAUCUCAAGAUUGCAUCUUGGGAGUUCUGUGCUAGGCGCCAUGAGGAACUUAUUCCACGGAGAUCUAUAAUACCGCAGGUUAGUAAUCUUGGUGCUGUUGUACAAAAGUACCAGACUGCGGUCCAAAAUUCAACAACUUUGUCAGCUCAGGACAUGCAGAAUAAUUGCAACUCGUUUGUUGCAUGCGCACGCCAAUUGGCUAAAGCACUGGAGGUGCCUUUGGUAAAUGAUUUAGGAUACACAAAACGAUAUGUCCGCUGCCUUCAGAUCGCGGAGGUGGUAAACUGUAUGAAGGAUUUGAUUGAUCACAGCAGGCAGCAUGAAUCUGGACCAAUUGAUAGCUUGCAUAACUUUCCCCGGAGGACUCUUUCAGGGGUCAACCCCCUUCAACCACAGCAGCAACAACCUGAGGAGCAGCAGACUGUUCCCCAGAGUUCAAACCAGAGUGGUCAAAAUUCUGCUCCUAUGACCGGCGUGCAGGCUUCUGCCUAUGCAAAUGGUGACGCAACAUCAAAUAAUUCUCUCAAUUGUGCACCUUCUACAUCUGCUCCUUCACCAUCUGCUGUUGGACUCUUGCAAAGUUCAAUGAAUUCUAGACAAGAUCAUCCAAUGAGCUGCGCUAAUGGUGGUCCACAUAACAGUGGAGGCAAUGCGACAAUUCCCAAGGUGAACUCAACAAGCUCACUGCAGUCAAACCCGUCUACCUCUUUUCCUUCUCUGAUACCCACAGCAUCCAAUAACAACAUGAUGCCUGCCCCUCAAAAUACAAACAAACUAAGCUCCCCAACUACAUCAAGCGUACCUCCGAUGCAGCCACCUGCUACUCGACCUCAGGAGCCUGAGCCAAGUGAGUCCCAAAGCUCGGUUCAGAGAAUCUUGCAGGAGAUGAUGAUGUCAUCGCAGAUGAACGGUGUUGGCCAGUCAGGAAUUGAUGCGAAGAGACCAAAUGGACUAACCCCUGGUAUCAACGGGGUUAAUUGUUUAGUUGGCAAUGCUGUCACAAAUAACCCUGGAAUGGGAGGAAUGGGGUUUGGGGCCAUGAGCGGGGGGCUUGGCCAUGGGAUGAGAAUGGCAAUGGCAAACAAUGCAAUGGCAAUGGGUGGAAGGAUGGGAAUGAAUCACAGUGCACAUGACCUAUCACAGUUGGGCCAACUACAGCAGCAGCAGCAGCAGCAGCAGCAGCAGCAUGACAUAGGAAAUCAUCUAUUGAGUGGACUUAGAUCAGCAAACAGCUUCAAUAACAUUCAAUAUGACUGGAAACCCUCACAAUAGAGUGAUGAGAAACAUAAAGUUCUAUGUGAUGCAUCUGCCCUCACUGGGCUCAUUGCUUAUGGAGCUUUAGCUAUGGUGCCAUAACCUCCCCUGGGACAACAGCAAUUGCGUUCCACACUAAUGCUGCCAUGAAAGGGUAUCAUAAGCGAUAACAAGCAUCUGAGCUGGUAAAUGUAAGUCUGUAACUGUCCAUUAAGCUAUUUCCUUGUUUGUUACUCCCUCAGUUUUACAAUGCUUGUUAAUUGUACUGGGGGUUGAAGUUUCACAAUGUGUCACAUUGUCCACUCUUUACCCCCCCCCCCCCCCCUUCAAUGUUGCGAAGAAAGGUUAAGUAGCUGUAGCAUGUUAUUAAUAGGGGUAUGUGUGGUCAUUUCUUAUUGAUUCUUAGAUUUAGCGCUUCCUUGGUCUAUGUACACGGUGAUCAUGAACAAAUAUCGUGGAACAGAGAGACAGAUUUGCAGGCAACUAGGGAUCAUCUGAGUUCGGUGCCCAAUUGCUGAGUUAUCUUGCCAAAGGAUACUGCUAAAGGAUUAGAGCCUGCUUGCACCUGCUACCAUCUGUGAUGGUGCUUGGCGGUAUUUUUUACGCGGAAAAGAAGUUUUCCCUCUCAUUUCCCCCCCUUAUUGGAUCAUGUGUACCUUAUGUCCCCACUGUAAUUUAUCGUCGCCCCUUAGGAACCACAUGUGCUGAUAUCCUCCUCUCUUUGUAGCCUUACUGUACACUGUAUAAUUGUCAUACUGACUAGUGGAGAAGAACCAUGAAUGUUUUCUUAGUCUUGCUGCAAGAUAUGACUGGCAAAGUUAGCAUUCUUUA